AUGGUGAUGUGGUACAUUGUUAUUGAAAUUGUUCAUGACAUUGGUGAAGUUGAUGAUGGUGAAAAUGUUGAAAAUAUGGCGUCACAAAAUGUAGUUUUGUUAUGCCGGUGGGGAGGAGAAAUUCUGUUUGAUGGACCCCGGGUCGAGUAUAGUGGGGGAAAUAUGGAACCACUAACACUAGAACCGAACAUGACUAUGAAUGAUUUGAUGAAUGAGGUUCAUAGUAGUAUUGGUUCAGACCCGAUGACCGUUGACGUACACAUUAAAAUGAGGUUUGAGACCGGCAAUGGGGUUCAAGUGUUACCGGUUUCUACGAAUAAGCAUGUGACAGCUCUAAGGAACGUUGUUGCAAUGAAGGGUGUUCCCACUGAAAUAUAUGUGGAAACGGUGCCUAUAUGUACCCAACAAAGUACUCGGCCAGAACAAUUGCAUAGUUAUUCGCCUACGCAAGAUGAUGGUCAGGCUUCACCGUCUCAGCAUGCGCCGAAUCAUCUUGAAGAUAUUGUGAAUAACGAACUUUCUGUGUAUGAUGUGUACACAAAUGAUGAGGCCGAUAGCGGAGAGGAGGAAGAUGGACUUCAGAACAUGGAUGUAGAACCUGCUCGGAUGGAAGUGGGCGAGCCCCUGGUUAGAACUCCCAUUCCUUGGUUCAGUCAGGUGAACGAGAACUACGAAGUUGAUCAGGAUUGGGCCGAAUCGGGUAGUCAUACGUCGUUUGUUCCGGGGGGGGAAUUUGAGAAGGGGAUGUGGUUCGAAAGUAAGAAAGUGCUCCAAGAAAUGGUGAAGAUGUAUUCCAUACAGAGGAAUCAGUUCUACACCACAAUUACAUCGAAUGAGAGUGUGCUUCAUUUGCGGUGCAAGAAAAAAUGUGGUUGGAUGCUACGGGGUACCAAAUCUAGUAAGCACUCGCGUGGCUUUGCCCUAGUCACAUACAAAGGCCCGCACCGGGAGAACUGUGUCACGGAAGUAUUGUCCACUGAUCACCCGCAUUUGGAUUCGUCGUUAAUAUCAGAUUUUGUGAAGUCCUUUGUUCGGAAAGAUCCGUCUUUGAAAGUUGAAUUCAUACAAGAACUCAUCUCCAAGCAAUUUCAUUUCGAUGUCCCGUACCGGAGGGCAUGGUAUGCAAAGGGGAAAGCAAUAGCUGAUAUUUACGGUGAUUGGGAGAGUUCUUACGGCAGACUUCCGCACUUCAUGCAAGCCCUCCAACAGUCAAACCCGGGAACGUGUGUUGUGUGGAAGUACAAAGCGUUGGUUGACGGUGUUUACUACAGCAACAUGGAAGUGUUUGAAAGAGUGUUUUGGGCGUUUGGCCCUUGUAUCGACGGUUUUAAACAUUGUAUGUCAGUUAUCUGUAUCGAUGGGACGCACUUGUACGGGAAGUACAAAGGAACACUGUUGGUUGCUACAAGUGUUGAUGCAAACUUCCAAGUAUUUCCUCUAGCAUUUGCGUUGGUUGAGGGGGAAAACACCUCCAGCUGGUCUUGGUUCCUGGGUUGCAUUCGGGUUCAUGUCACUCAACGAGAUGGCCUUUGUGUUAUAUCUGACCGACAUCCUGGGAUCAUUGCAGCAAUGACUGAUCCGAACGUUGGAUUUACCGAGCCGCGAGCCUAUCACAGAUUUUGUGUUCGCCACAUAGCUUCUGACUUGAAGACUCACGUGCGACGAAACGACAUGAGAGAUAUGUUCAAGGCUACGGCGUACCAAAGGCAGGAAAGAAAACUACACGGCGAUCUGUGUUUCAUUAGUGAGGCGUGUAACAAGGCAAUUGAGUACAUUGUUCAAAUUCCGUUCACCAUGUGGUCCCUCUUUCACGACGCUGGACGUAGAUACGGGAUUUGCACUACUAACUUCUCUGAGACAUUCAACAACGUGUUGAAGGGAGCACGGUUUCUACCGAUCAUGUCCCUAGUCGAGUUAACUUUUCAUAGAGUUAACAAAUAUUUCACUUUGAGAAGGGAGUCUUCUGAGGCAAGAUUUGAACAGGGACUUGCAUACCCCCCCAAGGUCACUGCCAUUCUAGAGAAGAACACCGCAAAAGCCAGAUAUCACAGAGUGGAUGCGUAUAACCGUCGAUUGCAUAUUUACCAAGUUACAACAGAAAGGGGAGACCGACUUGGUAGUAAAGGAGGCCAUAAACAUACUGUUAACUUUCAGUUAAGAACGUGUACCUGCAACAAACCUACGAUAUUUCACCUCCCAUGUUCUCACGUUCUAGCCGUAUGUGCAACGUACUCACUAUCAGAGCGGCCGUGGGUUGACCCGGUGCUGCAAUCGGAGGCAUACACGAGCACAUACGCGCCGCAAUUCUGGCCAAUCCCUUGCGAGACAACCUGGACGCCCUAUAACGGUCCCAGAAUCAUUCCCGACGGGAGCAUGUUGCGUGGAAUAGGGCGACCAAGGUCAAAGCGCAUACCAUGCAAGCUGUUUGCUGAAGCUGUUGGAGGACUGCAGCAUGCAAGCUGUUUGCUGAAGCUUGUUUUCUGCCUGGAUGCUGGUUGCUGUUUCCAGCAGAAAAGCGCUGUCUGA